UCCGCGGUGCGCGGCGCCCGCGCGGUCCUAAAGGUGAACAAUAAGUCACGGGUUCGGCACGGGCUCGUUUCCCUUGCGCUUUUGCCAAUGGCGGCGGCGGCAGCGACGCCCGACGUGACGGAGCGCUACUUCACCCGCUGGUACAAACCCGAUGUCAAAGGUAAUCCAUGUGAGGACCAUUGCAUAUUGCAGCAUUCUAACAGAAUCUGUGUUGUCACUCUCGCAGAGGCUCAUCCUCUUCUUCAAAAAGGAAAAUCCAUUGAGAGGAUUAGUUACCAGAUCAGUGCCAACUGCAGCAGGCUGCAAAAUAAAGUUUCUGGGAAGUCUAAACGGGGUGCUCAGUUCCUAACAGAACUUGCCCCUUUGUGCCGAAUUUUCUGCUCAGAUGGAGAAGAAUAUACCAUAUAUAGCUGUAUCAGAGGGAGAUUGAUAGAGGUGAAUGAAAACAUUCUGGACAGUCCACCUCUGCUGCAAGCAAAGCCUUCCACAGAUGGGUACAUAGCAGUUGUAUUACCAAAGUUUGAAGAAAGCAAAAGCGUAACUCAGGGACUUUUGACGCGGAAAGAAUACGAAGAUGUUUUGUCAAAACGCUUUAAUUCAAUUUCUUGAUAAGAUGCACAGAAUGAAAACUCAGCAUUUCAUUAGCAGGCGCAAGAACUGAGUGAGACUGCUUCCAGUAUACCCCACAAUAAAGUGACUUCUCCGCUUUCGUACUUAACAUGGAAAGGAGAACUGAAUAAAAACGCUUUGAAUUUCAAAUA